GUUUCCACCUCCGAGAAGCCUCACGCCUCCACAUACCUCUUUCUUUUUUUUUUUCUCUGUUUGUUUUGCCUCGAAUACUUUACGUUGCGUGCAGUUUGGGCCAUCUGAAGUUCGAGCAGAGUUAAUAUCCUUUUCAACAAUGGGGGACAUCGAGGCUCCCGCCUCGAAUCGGCCGCGCCAGACUGUCCUGCUCUCCGUUCUUCCGAGCAAAGAGUUCGCCUCCUCAAGGAAAGGAAUGCUGCUCAUUGCAGAAGUGGCUCUUUCCUUUGUAUCCUUUGUGUGUUUUGCGGCAUCCACAGCAGCAGCCUUUGUGACAGUCCCGCUGCUGGAGUUCCUGGCUGCUUUCUUCUUGUUGUUCGCUUACUCCACCAAAUUCAAUGAGAGGUUUAAAGGCUUCCUCUGGCCUCUGAUGGAUUUCAUGAGAUGUGUGACUGCCUCCAUUAUCUUUUUCAUCAUCUCCAUAAUUGCAGUGUCCAAAUAUGUGGACAGCUCCUCUAAGGCUGCUGGGGUAUUUGGGUUCAUUGCCACCAUUGUUUUCGCUUUAGAUUUUUACCUCAUUUUUAAUGAGCUGGCUAAUUUCCUAAAGCGAGGAGGGGAGUCCAGUGAUGACCCAUCAAGACAGCAAGAUGAGUCUUCAGACUCUGAUUCGGACUGAGACAGACAUGUUUCAUCAUACAAAGGAAACCUUUGAGAUGAAAUGGCCGCUGCUGAACUGCCAUUUGUUUCAUCAUGCCACAAGAAAUCACAUCCAGGUCACACUGUUUGUUUCUUACUUGCAUUUAUUGGUAGUGGAUGGGGGGGUGGCUCUCCGUACAGUCAUCUAGGGCCAAAUAUGUUUAAAGAGGAGGUACCAGAUCCUUUGCAGUUAUCCUCUUUGAAUAGGUUUUCUUCUGCUGAGCCUCCAAGGGUGGAAAUACAUUUCACACAUUAAUCAUGUCAUAGCAUUCAGGACACAAGUCUAAACUCAUGUGUCAAAUACGUUAUUCUUUUUAGUUACUAAUUUACUGCUCAUUUCAAGGAGUUUUAAAAAUCAUGCAAAAAAUCCUUUUUCAUGUCCAAACUCAUAUCCGGUGUCUUAGAUGAUUUGGGGGGAAAAUCUAAAUGUCAUUAUCAACCUGAUACUUAAAUUAUCAUGAAGCUGUGAAAUUGUUUGGUGUCAUUAUACUGAAUUUUUACAAGCCGUUUGUAUGAUCUACAUGUAAGAGCAUAUGUCUAAAUCUGAAAUAAUGACUAAGAUUGACGUUGGGGUAUGCACUGGGACCCUGAUUACAGACAUAUUAAACUACAUCACUAAAUCACUGUGCAUAAGAAAUAAAUGUUUAGGAAUACUAACAAUGAAGCUUUUUUGGGAACAAAGACGUUCCAGCCUUUUAAAUGGAAGAGCUAAAUAAGACAGGAGGCCUGCACUCAGUUGGCAGUUUAUUAGGUACACCUAGAUAAAAGUAAGACAGGUAUUUCUAUUAUUUUGUCUGCCCCAUUUAUAUUAAUGAGAGAAGGCUAAAUAAACACCUCUCUGUAUAACGCAAUACAGUUCUACAGCACUACAAACUACAUCCUCCAAAAUGACCACACAGUUGAAUCAACACUUCUCUUAAAAGAGUUUAAACAAAAACUGAACAUUAUAAUCAUUAUUAAUCCUCAUGAAUGGAGGAUUUAUUGCAGGACUGUUGUAUUAGACUGCUUUAGUUUUAGCUAGGUGUUCCCAAUAAACUGCCAACUGAGUGUGUAUAAGUAAGGCGUAAUCAUCAUUUAUAAAUUGACAGUAUUACUAUAAAAAACAAACAUGUACAGUAUAUAGAAGAACAGAUUGGUUGCAGGUUGGCUGGUUACAACCUCUGUCCAAAUGUCUUUACUCUACAGUAGUGUAUUUUUAUAAUUUGCGGAUAAUAUUUGCUCAUAUUCCUUUAAACCCUAACUUUUGGGUUAAAGACGUUCCUGUGGCGUACUGUACUGCAUGACAACCUUUUGUCCUCAAAUGUUUAUGUUUGAGGGUUUUUGUGAAUUUAAGCAACAGCAAUGAUGAUGCCUUUUAAAACCUUCUCAGUUAACCCAAAGCUUGAGAGACUCUCUUCUGUUUUAGCUUGUCUGCUGUAUGUACUUCUAUGUGCGUGUGUGUGUGUGUGUGCGAAUAACAAUGCAUUGAAGCCACUUAAUGCAGUAUUAUUUUGUUGAAUGCUAAAUAUUGAAUAUGUGAAUCAUGUUUUUGAAAAAAACAUUUUCUUGUUUCUUGUUUUGGUUGAGCAUUUGCUUUUUUUUUUGUGGGUUUUUUUUUUGUCAGUUUCUGCAUGUCCUGUAUGUUUGAUUCUUCAGUUCCUCCACUGCCACUACUGAGAAAUUAACAGAAAGCCACAGUGACUUUAAAUGUAAAACACACUGCACUACAUGAGUGUUUCAACAGCACUGUAAUAGAUGAUUGAAAAUUGGUGUCUGUGGCCUCUGAUUUCCAUGUGGGAUUUAAACAGAUGUGAGCAAUUGACGUAUUGAUAGUUAAGAAAAUACAAAGCUGCAGUUCCAUAUAAUAACUAUUCACCAUUGUGCCUUUUAUUGGGGAGUUUUGAUUGUUCAGAUAGUUAAGUGGCUUGAUUUAUAUUAACAUUCUGUUUGAAUGGUGCCCUGGAAAACAUAUGCAAAAGUCUGUAUUAAUAAAUGGAGACUAAAAUUGACUGAGAGUUCCCAGAUUUAUGCCAGCUGAGAGCUAGGUCGACACGUCUGCUUAUCAGUGUGUGAUUUUAUAUACAGUAUCUUCGCUGUCCUGUAAAAACCAUGUAUCGCCAAAACAAUAACUUUUUCAAGCUAAGAAAAAUAGCCAUGUAAACUUCAAUCAAAUGAUGUUUUAAAUUGUUUAUUUUUCCUAAAAAGUAGGACAUAAAGCGAAGGAUCAAAUGUUCCUUUAUCUGGUUUUCACUGGACAGCAACAAAGCUCAGCUAUACCCAUUUGCCAUGCAUACAUAGUUACGAUCAAGAUGAAAACAGUGGCAUGUUAUAAAUGAGGCCCCUUGCUGAACUAUUGUAGGUGAAAUAUAAAGUUUGUUUUUCACUGUUUUGCCUUUUUCUUUCGUGCAAAAAAAAUGUCUGAAUAAAAACCUGAGCUAUUUUC